CCAUUGGAAAUCACCACAAUGACGCAUGUUCGAAAAGACAUCCGCCAUCUCAGCGAGGCCGAGGAGGAGAAGUUACUCUUGGCCUUUGCAGCUAUCCAGAAGCUUCCUCACAAUCACCCUGAUUCAUUUUACAACAUCGCCGGUACACACGGCCAGCCUUUCCGAGGCGCAGGAUAUGCAAACAAAGACUACUGGGGUGGAUUUUGCCAACACGGCAACGUUCUAUUCCCCACGUGGCAUCGAGCCUAUCUCUUGCGCCUAGAGGAAGCUCUUCGAAAUGUGCCCGGAUGCAGCGAUGUUGCCCUUCCAUACUGGAACGAAUUGGAAGAAGAUGACGAUGGAAAGUGUAUCCCAAGAAUUUUCACUGACAAGACGCGCAAGGUUAAGGGCGUUGAUGUCCCAAAUCCCUUGUUCUCUUAUACCAUGCAACAGGGCUUCUUUGAUAAUCUCGCGAGAGAUGUUCCUGUUCACGGCAAACCCAAUCAGGUCUACAGGCUCGACUACAGCAAACCAUCGGGAUACCAAACCGUACGAUACCCAUACUCCGGUCUUGUCGGGCCUAGCGAGAAAGAGAGCACAGAUAAGCAUAAUGCGACAAUAAACAAGAUGCCCGAGGCAGAGAUCACUCAAUUGCUUGAGGACAAUGUCAAAAGCUGGCUUGAACCUGGAGACAAGGGUGUCCAUGUCAACCCACCGCCGGGCGAGCAGUAUCUACGCUCUUUAUUAGCUCCCAAUUAUACCGUCUUUUCCAAUACUACAUCGGCCGCGAAGUGGAAUGACGACAACUUCGGUCGCCCGAGCUCUGACAAGGAAGCACCGAAGGACCUCGUUAUUCCGCUCGAGAAGCCACACAAUGCCAUUCAUCUGGCGGUUGGGGGGUAUGAUCUUCCCGACAGAACCGCCGGCAAGCCCAAAGUACAAGGCGCCAACGGCGACAUGGGGGAGAACGAUACCGCUGCUUUUGACCCAAUCUUUUACUUCCACCACUGCUUCAUCGAUUUGGUCUUUUGGAGCUGGCAGCACAGACACCACUCAACAGAGAGCUUGGACAUUAUCGACUAUUAUCCCGGGACUAACUCCGUGGACGAGCAGGGACCAACGCCCGGGGUUUAUGCUGGCGCAUGGCUAACGGCAGACAGCCAUAUCGACCCGUUCAAGGAUCGCAACGGCAAGCCAUACACUACAAAGACUCUUGCCAAUAUCAUCGAUCUUGGUUAUAGCUAUGAUACGAUCAUCAAACCACACGAGGUUCGGCCGUGGGCCAUUUCAAGCCAACUUCCAACUCGGGAAGGCAAUCUCCCAAUCAAGCCAACCAAAACAACUAUCCUACGUAUCUCUGGUGUCAAUCGAAACUCCAUUGCAGGAUCUUUCGUCAUAUCCCUCUGGGGUCGUCCCAAGAAAGCUGAAUCCGAACCAUGGCUGCUCUUCGGUGUCGAGCCCGUGUUUAGCAGAUGGCACGUUUCCGGCUGCGCAAAUUGCCAGAACUCUCUCGGUGUCAAGGCUCACUUUCCUGUGAGCAGUCUACCGGUUGAGGUAGCCGAUGAGCUGGUCUACACAGCUUACGCGAAGAAUGUAGAUCCCAACGAGGAGGAAAGGAAAUCAAGGCCGGUGCAUGGAGCACUACCCGCUCUGCCUGCGCCUCAUUCGGGUAUCCGGGUAGAUGUGGGACAGUAUCUAUAUUAG